GAAAAUAUUAUCACACGGAUGCAGGAUGACAAAGCUGGUGGAGUGAUGAUUCGAACAGUGAAGAGCUUCCUGUCAAAGAUUCCCAGCGUCAUCACAGGUGCUGACAUCGUGCAAUGGUUGAUGAAAAGCCUGAACAUCGAAGAUCAAGGCGAAGCAAUACACUUAGGAAGUCUCAUCGCUGCACAAGGAUACCUGUUUCCGAUUUCAGACCAUGUGCUGACGUUAAAGGAUGAUGGUACAUUUUACAGAUUUCAGGCUCCAUAUUUUUGGCCAUCAAACUGCUGGGAACCGGAAAACACAGACUAUGCGAUCUACCUGUGCAAGCGGACAAUGCAGAAUAAAGCAAGACUGGAACUUGCAGAUUAUGAAGCCGAAAAUUUGGCCAGGUUGCAAAGAGCAUUUGCAAGAAAAUGGGAGUUCAUCUUUAUGCAAGCAGAGGCCCAAGUAAAAAUUGACAGGAAAAAGGACAAGACGGAACGUAAGAUCCUGGACAGCCAAGAAAGAGCAUUUUGGGAUGUUCAUCGACCUGUUCCUGGCUGUGUGAACACUACCGAAAUGGACAUCAGGAAGUGUCGUAGGAUGAAAAACCCGAACAAAGUGAAGAAGUCGGUGUAUGGGGUUUCUGAAGACUCACAGACACACAGUCCUGUACAUUCACUUGCAUCAACAACUAAGCAACCUGCAAAAGACGAUCUGAAGAAGCAGAUCACCUUAUUAAAUAUCCAGCUAGACAGACAUUGUUUAAAAAUGUCCAAAGUAGCUGAAAGUUUGGUCAGUUAUGCAGAGCAGUAUCUGGAAUAUGAUCCCUUGCUAACACCACAGGAUCCACCUAACCCGUGGAUCAGUGACGACAGCACAUUCUGGGACAUGGAAAUGCUGGAGAAUCCAAGACAACAAGGUAAUGAAAGAUGGACUUUCAGCUUUGGAGAAGGUGCAGAAGAGGUUUACCAGGAUAUAGUAACACGUGAUAAACUACGUUUUUUAGAACCUAAGUCCUUCCCUUCCCUCUGCAGGUUUUGGGUAGCGGCAGAGGACCUGAAGAAACGACCACUUGUGGAAGUCCCGGGCAAGGUUCAAGAAACGUGGCAGGAAUUUCUUGCUCCAGGUGCACCGAGCGCCAUCAACCUGGACUCCCACUCGUAUGAGAUAACCAAUCAGAAUGUCAAGGACCCAGGAAGGUACACCUUUGAAGAUGCACAGGAACACAUCUACAAAUUGAUGAAAAGUGACAGCUACGCUCGCUUUCUGCGUUCCAAUGCAUAUCAGGAGCUUCUACAAGCUAAGAAAAAGCCUGAAAAUGAGCAGGGUCGCAGAACCUCGCUGGAAAAAUUCACUCGCAGUGUGGGUAAGUCAUUGACUGCAAAACGUCUUACUGGUCUCAUGCAGUCCUCCUGACGGACAUCAGAGCUCCCUCCUGCUGCAGAAAAUGAAGGAGCUUGUACCUGCACUCCCAGCAAUCACCACAUGAAGGAGCCAUUGUGAAGGGUCGUGCUGUACAACCAGACAAAACGAUCAUUUUGGAACAUUGUAAUCUUUCCUCUGUGCCGAAUGAAUUUUGAGUUACUGCAGAUAUCAUUGAAAAAUCUCUUUUUUUUUUUUAAACAGAACAACGGGUUAGUCCCAGGCAUGGUGGUGCAGAAAUUGAAUUUUUGGCUGUCAGUGAAACCAUAAAGUAGUUUCUGGCCAUCUGCAUCGAAAGGUGAAGGUGUGAUGAAAUGCCCAUGUGUUCUGCACGGUUGAGCAAUACGUGCCAGGGAUAUGUGAAUUGCGUGCUGUAUGAGUCAUUUCCUUCCCUGCCUCUUAUUCACAGCUGAUAGCAGCUUCCACAGAUAGAUUUAUAUUUCAACUUAACUGCCUGUCAUUGCUGUUGUUUAUUUAUCAGUCAUGAAACAUCUCACAAAAACAUUUAGUGGCAUUUCAUGUGCCUUCUGAUGGCCAUAAAGGAGCAGCACAUGCAUGCAGCUCAGUGUGAAACGGGUCAUUUAUUUGAUGUUGACUCACUGCAGAGGUGAGGAGAGAAAUCACACCAGACCAUUGCAUCAAUCAGCCUUCAGCUCAGGUUUAAUCAAAGGAGUCGCAAUUGUGUUGCAAUUAGUUACAUUACAGCCAAAAUUUCUUAACCCCAUUGCUACAUCUCAAUGCUAUGUUACUUAUAAGUACUUCAUGCCAUUCUGGGAUCUUAUUUGGUGAUCUUAGAGAAAAAGCAACUUUUGAAAAAUGUGUUCUGGCCAAUAUUUUGGUUCCUCAAUUAACCACCAAAGCAGAUUAAUUUGGUAUUUAUCUCAAGACUUUACUGUGCACCAAUUGUGGCUGUAUUUUACAUACUCAGAUCUGACUACACUUUUGUUUUGUUGUCCUCAGAAGUCUUUGAGACAUUUUAAGUUUCUGAAUGUGGCAAAUUGAUGGAAGAUCUUUCUUCUUUCUUAUCACCUGCAGGGAGUUUUCCUGUUUCUUGUCAAAUUUCUGUUCCAAUUAAGUCACUUUCAAUUAAAUGAAAUAGCAUAUAAAUUCAUUAAAAUUAAAUUACAUUGAAUUUAUAAAAUAAGAAUAGCCCUUAUCAAAAUGCAUUAGCUCUCAGUUUUCGGUGUUGUAAUUCAUUUCCGUUUACAUGCUCAUGCAAGUUUAUUAAUGUUUUCUUGUAUUUUAUCUCAAUUGUCCUCUAUCAUCCAUACACCACCCCCAUUUCCCCACACGUACACAAUUUUCAAAUUCGGUAAUUAUACUUACAAUUCCAGAGUCAUUUAUGUAAAUGGUGAACAAUUCUAGUUCCAACUCCAGUGCCUGUGGACCAUCGCUUCUUGUCUUCCCCAGUUACCUUUCAUCCCUUAGUUCUUGUUUUCAGUUCCGUAGCCACUUUGCUCUCCAUACUGCUCAUCUUGUCCAGUGACUCAGCGUUCUGUGACUUUUGUCAUGAGCUCGUUAUGCAGCACUUUAUCAAAAGCAAACAAACAGGGAAUUCUGGAGAAACUCAGCAGGUCUGGCAAUACUUGUGGAGUGAGAAACAGAGAUAAUGUUUUGAAUCUUUUUCAAAACAAUUCUUCUCAAAAUUCAAGUACAUUGCAUAUGAACAUAUGAAUUAGGAGGAGUAGACCAUGUCACUACUUGAACCUGCUUCAUCUUUCCAUAAGAUUGUGGCUGACUUGCUUGUGAUCCCGCAAGCCCCCACCCCCCAGCCAAUAUUCCCGCCUGUGCUUGAUCAUCUUAGAUUCUCGACUAACAAGGGAGUCAGUCUACUUCUGCAUCAACAGAAUUCAAUGACUCUGUCUCCACCGUUCUCUGGAGCAGACUCACAAAACUCUGAGAAAAAAAAACUCUACAUUUCCAUCUUAAAUAUAAAACUGUGUUCCUUACAAGAUCUACUGCAUUACCCAAAACUACACUUUCUCUGACUGCAAUAUGCUUGGUCCAGCAUGGAAUUCCUUUGAAAUCCACAUUCACUACUCUAUUGUAUUUCUAGACAGUUUCCAUUUAAGGUAAAGAUUCCAUUAGCUUUCCUAAUACCACUGUUAAGUUAAAUAGAUAUCUCCAGUUCCCUGGAUGUAUUCUAUCUCUUUUCUUACUUAUAGGAAUCAAAACAGCUAUCCAUCAUUCCUUUCACUACGCCACUUUCUAAAUAAUCUACUUUUCACCUAACUGUAGGGAUUCUGUGAUUCUUUUAGCAUGUGUGGUGCCUCCAUUUCAGAUCAGGGGUUUUAUCCCCUCUAAGUAGAGUCAUAAGAUCUGAGAUCAAAGAUCUACGGCAUAGAAAAAGCCCCUUUGGCCCAUCAAGUCCAUCCUGGUGAGAAACCAAGCACCUAACUAUUCUAGAGAUAGUAAGAACUGCCGAUGCUAGAGUCAGA